UCUGUACAAUUCGGUGAUUAGUUAGUCAAACUACCAUGAAUCAGUUAAUGUGUUCGUUGCAUAUUUUCCUAAUAGUUUUUAUAAUUCACUGCAAUUCCCGAUGUUCUAGUAACAAAGAUUUUAGUUAUGCAUAUAGCUCAGAAGAAAAUGUUGGUAAUGAAUGUGAUAAUAAUAUAAAUAAAGAAGUGAUCAGCAAUAGCAACCCUCAAAGGCCUGAAGAUAGGGGAGACUCCUCGUCAGAUCAAAAUGAAAGUGAAACAAAGUUAAUUAAAGAAGAAAUUAAGUUUGUCGGCGAUAGUAAUGGAUUAGACGACGAUAGUAGAGAUAUGGAUGCUGUUAACGAGACUGCCACUGUCAACGAGACUGCCACUGCCACCAUCGAGAAUGUAACUUGCGGGUACCAGAAUAUCAGCACCGAAGAGGAAGAGGAUGACGAGAAAGACACACUUGUCGACUAUCCAUUUUCUGUAUCGAUUCAGAAGAAAGGAGCACAUUACGUUUCUGGGGCCCUGGUUGACAAACGAUUUGUUUUGAGCGUAGCCGGAGAGUUUUAUCAUGUCCGAGAAUCUUUGAAAUUAUUUAGAACGAGACUAGGAUCCGUGGACUGCAAAAGAGGUGGUUCCUUGGUCCCAAUAAAGAAAGUAGAAAUCCAUCCAUACUACAUCUAUGGGAAACCAAAUUUUGACAUCGCUCUUCUAAGGCUGGCUAUGCCUGUAGAAUUUUCUGAGGUUUUAAGACCAAUCGGAAUAUCGAAUAUUAAGGGGAAGGUCCUGAGUGCUACGUUUAUGACAACAUAUUGGCCGAGAAUAGUGCUAAAAGGCAAAACAAUACCAGAAACAGCAAAGGAACGGAUAAAACAUAACAGCAUGAGGGUAUCAACUCAGAAACUUAUUCCAUUAGAAACAUGUAAAAAUAUUAUGAUGGGAAUCAAAGAAUACAUUAACGAAUCCAGUAUGUGUUUGAAGCCGAUAGUAACUCAUCACAGUGUGUGCAUGCCCGAUGCCGGGGCGCCAGUAAUAGCGGAAGAUGGCCUUUGGGGCAUUACGUCUGGUUGGAUAUCGUCAACUUGUCCGACUGUUGCUGCUCCGACAAUAUUUACGCGACUCACCUCAACGUCUGUGCGCUCCUGGUUGGACAUUCAACUACUUAAUAUUUAGGUUAAGGUUACUGUGCUUCCUCAGCUCUUACCGCACCGCAUACCAAACAUUUGCAACAGGUUGAUACAACAUUUUGUUACAAGGGGAACAUGACGAGGUGCGAGGUAAGAUAGACAAGCGAACGACCAUGUACUAUAGUUACAUACGAACUCUUUUUACAAUCUUCUUGUGUAUAUGUACUCCUAGUAGAAUGCACAGCUGAUUUUUGUUUCAUCAUUUCCAACAGAGUUUACAUUGCAAUAAUUAGUUUAUUUAGUUGUAUUGUGUUCAAUAUGAGUAAAUUUAAUGGAAGUUUCUGCGUUCU